AUUUAAGAAAUGGUUGGAAGUUGAUCAGUCCAAAGAAGUCAUUUGUUGUAUAUGCAGCAACAGGGGUAGAGAAACAACAAUGGAUCUCUCAUAUCAAAAAAUGUGUUUCUGACUUACUCCAUAAAAGAGGAUUGACACAGGAAGUGAACAGUGAGAAUGACUCGCCUGUUUGGGUACCUGACUCUUCCGCCUCGAAAUGUAUGCAUUGUAAACGCUCUCAGUUCUCUAUGCUUAAUCGAAGGCAUCAUUGUAGGAAGUGUGGGUUAGUUGUCUGUGAUGAUUGUUCUAGUAAAAGAUGGCUGUUACCUCAACAAUCAUCUAAACCACUCAGAGUAUGCCUUACUUGUUUCGGAAAACUUUCCAGCGCAAAGAACCCAUCAGAAUCAGGUAUAACAAACACACCAGAUGAUUCAUCAGGAGAAGAUACAGAUGAUGAGGAUGAUGAUGCUGUAUAUCAAGGAAUACCCGAGGACCAGUUCCAGACUUAUGAUUAACUGAGGGAACAAGAAGAAAAUAAGCGUGAUAUGCUAGUUCUAAUCUUACACUUCACUUGUAGACAAAUUUACUUUAACACAAUAGUGAUUUUAGAACAUCCUGUGAACAUCACUUCAAAUCAAAGAUGAGUUGUAUGAAAAACGAAAACAGGUUUCAAAUUAAUAGCAGAUGUGAACAUAUAUAGUUAUGAUUCUUUUCCUUUUAUUUUCCUUUUGGAUUUAUUUUGUUUUUCUUUAUUGCAAUCAUUUUCAUGCAAUUUAGGUUGUUACUAGUACCUGUUAAUUUUGUUUACUAGAAAAUAAAAAAAAAUCUUAUUGCUCUUUGAAUUAAAGUAUAAAGUAUAAAAUAAUUAGAUGUGCAUGGGAGUGAUUAUCUGCACUAAAAGUAUGUUAGUGUAUAGCUGAAGAAAAGUUAGCCAGUGGAAUGCAUACAUAUAAGAUCCUUUUAAUUUAAGGAUCAAAUCUAGAACAAAUAAUGUAAUUUGUCAGCAAAAAACAAGUAGAACUUUACAAUGAACAUUGCUUGACAAUUGUUAAAAAGUUAUUAACUUUAUUGAGAAAAAUUCUUACUUUAUACAGUUUUUGUUUGUUUUUCAGUUGUUUUUUUUCGCUUAGCCUACUACCAUUUCCAUACUUAACAUCCAUGUUCCAUCCAUAUUUUACCCAAUUAAGAAAAUUACUCUAGGCCAUUAAGGUUCAGGGACUUUGGAUUCUUUCAUGUGAGGAAGCUAUCCAGCUAGCUUACGGAACGUCGGUGGUUCUACUCAGGUACCUGUUUGUGCCUGAAAUAAUGCACGGAAGGGCACCUGAGGUCUUCCUCAACCAGUAAAGCUGGAACGUCGCGAUAUGACCUAUACUGUGUCGAUGUGACGUAAAACCCAAAACAAACAAACAAACAAACCAUUAAGGUUAUCAAUAAGUUUUUACUUGAUAUGUUCAAACUAGUAUUUAGGAAUAAUGAUGAAUGUUUUUACUUAAAAAAAACUAAAUGUUAUUUAUUAUUCUGAUGAACUAGUUGGAAAAUUAAGUUAAUAAAACCCCAAAAUAAUGAAAAUAUCUUACUAUCUUUCUAAAAAAAAAAUUUUUUUUUUUUUCAAUUUUGUUUACUUUUUUUUUUUUUUUUUUUUUUCAAUUUUGUUUACCGGUAUUUUUGGUCACUGAAGGUAUGAUAUUUUUGAAGAUAUCAAAAUCAAAGAAAAAUGAUAAGUCGAAAUUUUAGGUCAAAAAUGAUCAACUUUAGUAUGUAAAGUGUUACUGUUAGAAAAUUUGCUCACUUUUUGAGGCAUUAAUUUCCUAUUUUCAUAAAAGAAAAACGUAAAAAAAACGUCUUGGGGGUUUGUUUUGUUACUCUUACUUUUUCAUAGCACUUUAAUUUAAUGGCUGAUAUAUUGGGUAUUUGGUGUGAAUAUACCUUAUAUAAACCUCACCUUUGUUAUGGAUUUCAGGUCAGUUGAAUGAAAGUCAAAGUUAGUGAGGAUAGAAAUAGGUUUUCCAACAUUUUUUAUAGUUAAAGAUAUAUUUUUACUUUUUAUGAACAUUAUCAGUGAAAAGGGAGUAUUGUUGAUACUGUUAUUCAUGUCAGCUUUUAUGAUUUGAGCCGCGUCAUGACAAAACCAUCAUAGUGGGUUUGCGACCAGCAUGGAUCCAGACCAGCCUGCGCAUACAUGCAGUCUGAUCAGGAUCCAUGCUGUUCGCUAUCAGUUUCUCUACUUGUUAAAGAGUUGGUAAACGAACAGCAUGGAUCCUGAUCAGACUGCACAGAUUAUGUUGGUUUUGUUGUGACGCGGCUUAUUUAUGUAAGCUUCUUUAUAAAAAUUAUUUCCAGAUCAUUCCUAAACUCUUUUAUUUUGUUGAAUAUAUGUUCAUUUGUGUACAGUUCUAUAUUUAUAGAAAUGAGUGCUAGGUUGAAGACAGAAGUCUGUUUAUGUAAUUUUAAGAUGUCUAAGGAAUCGAAUUUGCAGGAAAUGAACACAAUUGACAAUUUGCUUAAAUUGCUAUAUUUUGUUGAAUUAUUGUAUUUUUUUGUUAUAAUUUGUACUGCAUGUUUACAAAAACAAUCAAUAAGUCGUGUAUAUUGUUUUUUUCUUUGCAUUUGUUCACUCUGUUAUCCUGCUUGUAAUAAUUGCAUUAAUAACUGUCUGACAACAGUCACAUUUUUAACAUAAAAAUAAUUGUGAAUUACUUGUGGAUAUUGUAUGUUAAAAUUCUGUAUCAUUAUUAAAUGAAAAGGGAUAUGUCCAUGUAAUAUGAAACAAAUAUGUGUUGAAUAUUGUAUAAAUUAUUUUGAAUUUGUCAUCGUAAUGAAAUUGUCAAAGUAACAAUAAGUUUGUAUUACCUUUUGCAAAAGGUUAUUCUUGUUUUAUUAUUAAAUGUACAUGAAAAAAAGACUUGUGAUUAAGUGCCUUAAUUUCUUGAAUUUUGUAAGUUAUUUGUCAGGGGGGAGUGCUUUUCUGUGGCGUAAUAUGCUAGAAACCUUUUAUAAAACCUAUGGAAAAGUUCCCACUUUGAUUCCAAAAAAUGAGAAUUAAGUGUAAUUUAUGAUGUGAUCAUCACUUAUUAAUUUCAAAGUGAAAGGUACAAUUGAGCCCUCAGAUGUUUGAUGAAUUUAAUGAAUGUCUCCGUAUUAUAGAGAAGAGCCACGAUUCUGGUGUGUUGUGUCCCCUUUUUAACAUUUGUACAGGGAAUUUAUGUGAAUUAUGUUUACAGAAAUUUAAAUAGGCUAGAUUUUCUAUUGGCUUAAAUUCCCAAAGUACAGACUUAAAAUGUUACGUUCUCUGUAGAAUAUAUGCAUGGUUAUGUUUUGUGGAAAAAAACAAAUGCAUUUAUUUCAAAAGCUCAAGUGUCAUCAUGUUUAAAAAUGAAUUUGAUUUUAUUGAAGUUUUGGUUACAACUGUAAAGAAUGAAAGUGUAUGCAUGACUGAUUGAAUGAACUGUCAAUCAACGAAAUUUGUUUGAUGUUUUUGAGAAACAUAAAUAAUGCAGCACAAAAUUAUGUAGUCAUAUGUGUAAUUUCUUUACUCUGUUGUUAAGUAUUGAACUGUUGUUAAUUUAUUCUGUGUUUUAUGUUAAUUGUGAACUGCAGAUAUUGGUGUAUAUAGAUGAUUUAUGUAACUUGCUUCUAAUCUGCACAUAUUAAACUACUUCUAAAAGACCAUAUGAUAAUGUAUAUUUAUCUAUAUCAUUUAUGCACAUUCUUUUCUACACAUUUAGAAUAUUUAGAAAGGAUCUUAAUUCUUAUUUAAUUAUUAUCUAUAUUUUCACGCAAUAAAAUAUCGGCAACAGCAUGA